GUCUGCCUUCGCGUGCCGGGCGUUCGAUUCUGAGUGGAUUCUGGGACCCGGGAAAGGAAGGGAGUGGACGUUCGGUCCCCAGGGGCCGUAUCCAAGAUGAAUGACAGCCUAUUUGUCAGUUUGGACAGACUUUUGCUAGAAUUUGUUUUUCAGUAUGAGCAAGAUAUAAGUACUAAAGAAGAUAUGAUUCGACGAAUUAAUAAAAGCGUUGAAGAUAUUAAACAAAAUAAAGUAAUAAUUUGUAAGAUACAGGAAACUAUAAAUACAACAGAUGAGGAAAUUGGUUAUUACUGUAAACAUAGUAAGGAAAUCAAAGACAACUGUAGUAACUGGAAGCCAACAUGUGAUGUUUUUCAUAAAUAUGAAGACUAUAUGAAGGACCAAUUUACUAUUUAUCAGGAAACAAUUGAAAAAGACAAAAAAAUGUACCAUGGUUAUAUAUGUCAGUAUAAAGAUGUUUUGAAGCAAUACCAACUAAAAUACUCAGAAGCACCUCUUUCACGUGAAUAUUAUGAGAAGAAAAAAGAACAUGAAGAAGUUCAAAACAGAGUGUUGGCAUGUACUGAACAACUAAAAAUGAAUGAAACUAUUUUUAUGGAAUUUCUAGUGCCUGCUCCUUUUCCAUCACUUACUAAAUGGACAUUACAUAUUGUUAAUUUGAGAUGUAAAACACAAGAUAUUCUUAGACAUGCCAACAAUUUUUCCAAAAUUUCAUGUGAAUUGAAGAAAGAAGUAGAUGAAGUGGAAAUAGAAAUUAAAUAUUUAAACCAGCAGAUUACAAGAUUUUAUGAAACUAAGAAUCUGGAAGAGAAUACUAAAAAUAUAGAAAAAAGAAAGGAAUUGAAAGAAAGAAUUUUUGAAAAAGAUGAACAACAUGUACUUGUAUUGAAUAAAACCUCUCAGAAAAGUCAAUUAUUUCUUCCAAAUGAAUCUCAGAAAUUAGUCAAUCCAAUAAAUAUUCUGUCUUCAGAACCAAGAGUUAUAGAUAAAAAAGAAGACAGUUCUAUGAAGCAGUCAAAGCUUGCCAGUGUUGACUCCAAACAAAAAGAAAACAAUAUGCAGAUAUUUAAUGACUCUGCUAUGAAUAACCACUCAAAAUGUUCACAUGUUACAGCUAUUAAAAGUUCACAGAAUUUUAUGCAGUUCAGAUUGCUAACCCCACAGAAACAGUCAAACUUCAAUCAAUGGUUUGAAAAAGGAGAUACAGAUGCUGAGUGUGGAGAUACAGGGACAGUAAGACAAUUGAAAGAAUCAAAAUGUAUUUCACAAGUUAUACAUGAAGAACAUUUGGGGAAGCCAAUAGAUAAUAAUAAUGAAGUAGAAGAAAGGGCUGAGAAUUUUGCACAGACUUCUGAAAUUCCUUUAUUUUUAAGAACCCCUGAAGCUGUGAAAACACCUGAAUCUUUGGAGAAAUUACUGUUCUCUAAAACGCCCCCACUUGAAAUUAACAGAAACAGAAAUACAAUGCCUGAAGAUCAAACACAAAAAGAAUCCCCUGGGUUUUCUUUUCUUAUGAGUUAUACUUCUAGAUCACCUGGAUUGAAUUUAUUUGAUUCUUCUGUAUUUGAUUCAGAAACCUCAUCAGAUAAGUUUAAUGAACACUAUUCUGCAGGAAAUUUACAUCCUCUCUCGUCACAACAAGAAGUUGGAAACUCAUUUGGGAAACCAGAAGAUGCCUUUACAUUUUCUUUUCCAUCAGACUCUUCAACUCAUACAUUUGGAGCUGGAAAAGAUGAUUUUAGUUUUCCAUUUUCAUUUGAACAGGAUCAAAACUCAACACCCCCUUCUUCUGUAAAAGGUUUUUCAUCUUCCUCACAAAAUACAACUCAGUUUACUUUUUUUUGAACUAAUUACUAAGUACUUGAAUUAUUUUACUGCUCUGUAAACCUCUAGGGCAGUGAUGGCGAACCUAUGACACGCGUGUCAGAGGUGACACGCGAACUCAUUUUUUUGGUUGAUUUUGUUAAAUGGCAUUUAAAUAUAUAAAAUAAAUAUCAAAAAUAUAAAUCUUUGUUUUACUAUGGUUGCAAAUAUCAAAAAAUUUCUAUAUGUGACACGGCACCAGAGUUAAGUUAGGGUUUUUCAAAAUGCUGACACGCCGAGCUCAAAAAGUUCGUCAUCACUGCUCUAGGGCAUAAAUUUACAUUAUUAAAAUAUGAAGACUUUUUUGUUGAUUAAAGCAAUAAUGGGUUAUCAUAAUUAUAUUAUUAUAUUAUUUAAAUAUUGAAGGAAAUUAAGCUCAUGUCAUUUAAUUUUGUUUUUAUUGUGGUAUUAGCUAUCACUAUCAUUAUUUUGGUUUUGAUUUUGCAAGCCAUAUUCAGGCAGAACUUCUACUAAUCUUAAUAGAAUUUGAUAUUUUUUUCCUUUAAUCUUUAUUAUAAAUAUUAAGCCUGC